AUGUCAUCUACCAAUGAAACAGACACGCAUUCCUACACCGUGUUGUAUUACAAGAGAAAGUCAAAGGUGCACAAGUCAAAAGGCGUCUCCAAGAUGGACGGAAUUCUCACCAUUUGUCCCUUUGCAAAAGCAACUGUCAUUUUGAAGGAUGGGAAUAACACCGUCUAUAGUGGUGCCAUUCCCGAUGUUGCCAAGCAAGUCGAUUCUUUGCAAGAAGAUAACAUUCUCGCGGUGGGAAACUACGAAGUAGAGAUUUGCGAUCGCAUUGGAGCCAAGCCGCCCGCUUCCUCUCUUGCCUCCACCAAACCUGUCGGAAUUGGCAAUCGCACUGGCUUUCUCCCCCGUUCUUCCAAUAAGGGCCUUCGACGCCCACUACACCCUAGCAGCCGGCCAUUGCUUCCAGCAAAAGCAGCAUCCAAUGUUGUGUCACAAGGCAAUUCUCUGACGCAGUCAUUCGCCAAUGGCCGCCGCCUUGUUCGACCAGCACAACCAAAGCCUAAGCCUGCUCCUCCAGAAGAUUCGGACGACGAUGAUAGCGACAACGACAUGAGCCCAAUGAUGAAAGAAAAUACACACUGUUUUCCCCUCAAAAGACAACUGUCGUCUCUCAAGCCUGUGGGAUCUAUCGGUGCUGUGACCAAGGUUCGCCGCAAAGUCCAAAAACUUGCCACCACCAGCACUAACGCUACUACUACUGCCGCAGCAUCCAACUUGUUUGUGGACGCCAUUGGCAAUCUGGAUGUUCCGCAUUCGAUCAAGAGGGUUCUCAAGCCACAUCAAAUCACUGGUGUUUCCUUCCUUUGGAACUGUCUCACUGGAAGUGGAAAAGCCGCUAAGACAUCGCCUCAUGUUCCGGACGACUAUUGUUUAAAGGGCGCAAUCCUAGCAGAUGAAAUGGGGCUGGGGAAGACUCUCAUGACCAUUGCUGUACUAUGUGCUUUGCAUCGACAAAAACGAGACCGCCGAUUCGUCGUAGUUUGUCCAUCCUCCCUCGUCACCAACUGGGCCAACGAAUUUGACAAGUGGCUGGGCAAAGCCAGUCAACCCAAACGUGUGGUAGUAAAAAAGGGCGGCAAAGAGGCCACGAGUCAAAUCAAAGCAUGGUCCAACAAGGCUUCCGAAGUUCUCAUUAUUUCGUACGAUCUCUUUCGAAUGAAUUCGGACUUGUUUGGUCAAGUGAACAAACCCGUGGCGUGUUUGGUAGUCGACGAAGGCCACCGCUUGAAGAAUACAAAUGGCUCCUUGACGUUGACGGCCUUGGAAUCUCUUCCGUGUCAAGCACGAUUGUGCAUCACCGCGACACCGAUUCAAAAUAUUUUAUCCGACUUUUUCACCAUUGCCAAUUUUGUUUGUCCAGGUGUACUGGGUGAUUUGCCAACCUUUCGAAAAGACUACGAACGACCCAUUUCGGCUGCCAAUAACAAGAGCGCUUCCAAUAAAAUCAAGCAGGCUGGGCUCAAGGCAUCCCGUGGGUUGGAAAUGGUCACCAAAGCCUUUAUGUUGAGACGAUUGCAGAAAGAUAUUCUCAAAACCAUGUUGCCUCCGCGCAAUGAAGUCUUGGUGUUCUGUCGUCCCUCUGCAGUACAAGGCAAGCUGUACGAACAAAUCACCAAGGGGCAUCAAAGUCAAGGCAUGAAGGCAACUUCCGAUGCACUCACGACCCUUAUUCAGCUUCGAAAGCUAUGCUCGCAUCCAGCGUUGCUUCCAAAGGGCAACGACAUGCAUAGCGACCGCAUUGACAGCAUUGUUGAUGUAUCUGGCAAACUUCAAGUCCUUGCUGCCCUCUUGCAACAGAUUCGGGAACACGCGCCGACAGACAAGGUUGUGAUUGUCUCCAACUUUACAUCUGCUCUAUCCCUUAUCGAGAAAAGUAUUCUGGGGCCUCAAAACUACCUCUUUGUUCGUUUGGACGGCACCACCGAAGUCAAAAAGCGCCAGGAAGCCGUGGAUACCUUCAACAUGACAACUGCAGACAGACAUUUUGUCUUUUUGCUUAGUUCCAAAGCUGGAGGCUGCGGUUUGAAUUUGAUUGGAGCAAAUCGGUUGGUCAUGUUCGAUCCGGAUUGGAAUCCCGCUUCGGAUAUUCAAGCCAUGGCGAGAGUCUAUCGCCAAGGGCAGACAAAACCUUGUGUCAUUUACCGACUAUUCACUACUGGUACGGUGGAAGAAGUGAUUUGUCAACGCCAAAUUCAAAAGGGGAAUCUUGCCACUCAAGCUGUGGACGGAAAAAGUUCCCAGUCCAGUGGCAGCAACAAGACAAGCUUCUCCAAAGCCGAGCUGCAGGAUUGUUUUACCCUCAAGAGGAAAAUUCAUUGCGACACCAAGACAAAAUUGGGAAAAAGAUGGCCAGAUUACACCAGCGCCAAAAGUAUUGUCGACAAUGGCUGUAACGACAAAGCCUUGAUCGCGGUUGCAGAGGACCAGUCGAAUCCAGUAUCAUUUGUACAUGUUGUGAACGAAGCAGAAUCGAAAACGGGAGACAGUGGCAGCAGCAAUGUUCUUGACUCGGAUGAUUCUGAUGACUCUGCCGAUUUCACAAGUGAGGAAGAGUUUGAGUGA